AUGGAGCGUCGUCUUCUGGAUAGGCUUGAUGACGUGGAGAAGGAGCUUCGUCGCUCGCGUGCGGGGUCGGCGUCACCAUCAGCUCCUCGCGCUGCUCCCGUCGUCCCUCUCUCCGCGCUCCUGCCCCACGAUCCUUUUGGAUCCCCGGCGCGCUCAGCGCGGCCGCUGCCUGCGGGGAUGGGCUUCGUAGGCGCUGGUGGCGGGCCGCCGUGGGCUCCGUUUGCUCCGCCGCGUCCUCUUCCUGCUCCGCGUGAUCUCGCCGUGUCGUCUCACCGUGCCCGCGCGUCUGCGUUGCUUCCGCCGAUGAAGGAAGUUCCCACGGCGACCCUGGCCCGCCUAUGGUCGCUGGCGGCGUCCCUGCAGAGCCUUGAGCGGAUUCUCCAGGAGUCAUUUGACUCCAUGCCGGUGAGCCCUCCGAGCAGGUUCUCUCAGAAACCGCGAGCAGAUUGUCAUGCGGCGGCGUCAGCGCUAUUCGCGCUCGUAACGCCACUGCAGGUAGCGCCCUCGCCGGGAGCAACCUCGGCCAGCCAGCUGGCUGACUCGGCCCUGGCUCUGAGGACGCUUGUAGCAGGCCCUGGUACUCCUGUUGACGUUGUAGGCGCCACCGUGUCUGUGGUCCGCCAGUUGUGGUUGAACACGAGCGGAAUGCUCGCUGCGGUAGAGGCGGACCUCAUGACACUGUUCCCGCCAUCCUCUUCCCCCCACGCCACGCCUCCCCCCCGUGCACUCCCCAACGCGCUGCACGCGGUGGGGACGGUCAUUUCGGAAGCUCCUGUGGUGCGCCGGGACGCCCACUCGCUCGUGCUCGCACUGCCUGCUGCCAACGGCGUGCAGGAGGCCGUCAUGGCUGUGGAACACCUCGCGGACCAACCAGCAUGUGCAGUGGAGUUGCUAGCAUCACUGCGGCCGGGUUCAAGGCUAGGGCCACUGCUCGUGCUUUCCCUGUGGCACGGCCGCACGCCUAUCGUCACUGCCAAACCCGCGCUCCUGCAAGCCGCCGCUGCCACUGCUGCUGCUGGUGCUGGUGCUGCCGCUGGUGGUGGUGGUGGUGGUGAGGGCAAGGCGGCAAGGGGCAAAGCGAAGCGGCCGCAACAGGGCUCCUUCCACAUGGCGUUUGUGACAGGAGUGAGGGCAGAUGGGGCGUGCAGUGUGCAGCUAGCAGAUGGCACCACGGCCGUCUCCCUGCCCUUCUUCCCCACCCCUGCUGCCCUCGCCACUCUGGUGCCAGGCCUCCCUGCGUCACCAUUGCCUGCUGUCUUCUUCUCCCUGGGCCAGACUGUCCGGGUCAAGAUACUCAAGGCGUCACAGCCCCUGCAGGUGGCUCUAGACCCUUUCCUCUGCGCGUCACACGACGGCUCGUUUGCAUCGUCGCUGCUGCAGCACGAGCGCACGGCAGCACGGCUGGCAGAGCAGCAGGAGCAGCCGUGGAUGGGGGCGGUGGUUCCGGGCAUGGCUGUAGAAGGCACUGUGCUGGUCAAACACGAGGGCGCCAUGGGAGCGGGAGGAGGAGGAGGAGGAGGGGGAGGGGAAAGAGGGGGAGGGAGGCAUGGAGGGGACUCGUGGACUGUGUCUCUAUUCAGUCCCGAUGUGCUCAAGGGAGUGACGGCGGUUGUCCCUGCUAACCUUGCAUCCAAACCGCUCACUCUAGGGGAGCGAGUCUCAGGGCGAGUGGUGGACGUGGGAGGAGCAGCAGGGCAUGUGGUGCUAGCAGUGGGGGACAUUGCUGCUCCGCAGGCCAAGAGUGGGAGCGCGGGCCAAGUGGUGCUGGCGAAGGGGACGAGGCUGCUGGUGCGAGUGCUGCUCAGCACUCCACACUAUGCGGUCGUUUCACUGCCCGCCUGCUACACUGUGCCGGCAACCACGGGCCAAUUGCAAGCAGCCACGUCAGCGCCCCUGCUGGCGACUCUGGCAGGGGGCGACUUCAACCUGCCCCACGUGGACGUCCCUCGACUCAUGCCAUUCAUCCUUUCUACGCUGCUAUCUCCUCACCCAUCUCCCACCCCCUCUCCCUUCCCUCUCGUUCCCAUCUCCCACCCCCUCUCCCUUCCCUCUCGUUCCCAUCUCCCACCCCCUCUCCCUUCCCUCUCGUUCCCAUCUCCCUCCCCCUCUCCCUUCCCUCUCGUUCCCAUCUCCCACCCCUCUCCCUUCCCUCUCGUUCCCAUCUCCCACCCCUCUCCCUUCCCUCUCGUUCCCAUCUCCCACCCCUCUCCCGGCCGGCCUCAUUCUUCUCGCGUCCACAUCUCCAGUGCUGCAGCAGCUCUUGUGGCCCUCCCUUCACCAGAGACAGGUGGUAGGAUCGUACUGGCUCGGGAUGAGCUGGUGUCUUUCACCCAUCCUUCCUCAGGCCCCACCGCUGCUGCUGCUGCUGCCGCUCCUGCUGCUGCCGCUCCUCCUGCUGCUGCUCCUGCAGCCUCUUCUACACCCACUGACCCUACAGCUGCUGCCACUUCCGCUGCCACUGCCACUGCCACAGCCACUGCUGCUGCCCCUACGGCGUGCACCGCCACUAGUGUGUGGCAGCGCCGCUACGCGCAGCUGCGCCUGCUGGUGGCGGCGGUGGUACAGGGGGAGGUGCACCCUGCCACUGCCUCCUCUGCUGGGCUGGCUCUCGUGGAUCUUGGCGGAGGGGUUUCCGCCAUUCUGCGUGCCUCCCAGGUACCCUGCCGUUCUCUUCACCACCUGUGUUCUCUGCAUCCUCUCUGCCCCCUCUUCCCCCCACCCUUCCCCUCCUCGUCUCCCCCUCGUCCCCCCACUUCCACCCCUCCCUUCCCCCCCCCCUUCCCCCCCCCUUUCCCCCCCCCCCUUUCCCCCCUCCUUCCCCCCUUCUUCCCCCUCUCCCUCCCCUUCCCUCCUUUUUCCACCCUUUCCCCCCCUCUUCCCCCCUUCUCCCUUGUGUGGGACAUCAUUAAAGCCCGGGUAGACAAAGUGCUGCUGAGCGCUGCAGCUGCUGCUGCCGUGCAAGGGAAGGGGCAGGGCGGUGGGCAGGGGCAGAAGCAGGGGAAGGGGAAGGAGGAGUUGAGUGAGGAGGAGCGGCGAGUGGUGGAGGAGAGAGGAAUGUGUGUGCUGAUCAAGGGAGCCAAGGUGAUGGUGCAUGGAGGGGGGGAGAGGGUAGGGGAGGCUGUGGAGAGAACGAAGGGUGGGAAGGGUGAGAGGGGGGAGAAGGGUGAGAAGGUUGAAAAGGGUAAGAAGGGGGAAAGAGGGGGUUUGGAGGGCGGGGAAGCGGAGAAGGCGAGGGGGAAGGUGCUUGAUGCAAUGAGUGACGACGAGGAGAAUGAUUCUGCAGGGGAUGAAGAGUAUGAAGAGGUUGAAGAGGAGGAAGAGGAGAUGGAGGUGGAUGAGGAGGAUGAGGAGGAUGUUAGUGAUGAAGAGAAGGAGGGGGGCAAUGGUGAUGGUGGUGAUGCUGAGGAGGAGGAUGAGGAUGAGGAUGAGGAGGAGGUUGCACCGCUGCCUGUGGCAGUGCGUGGUGCUGGUCUGGCAGGAAGAAAGCGGUUACCAGCAGAGGAGUCAGACGAGGAGGAGGGAGUGGAGGAGGAGAGUGAGGAGAUGAAGAAGCAGAGGAAGAAGAGGGCCAAGAAGCGGGAGAAAGAGGCCAGGCAAGCACUCCUGCUUCCAUACGCCGUUUUUAGUAGCCAACACUCUAUGGCUUUCAUGAUCAUGGAUGUACCAUCACGCAUGCGCCAAUCAUGGGAGCGGGCGAUACAGGAGGCGGAGCAGAGGAGGGUGAAGGGGCAGCAGGCGCCGGAGACAGAGGCGGAGUUUGAGCAGCUGCUGCUGGCGUCGCCCAACAGCUCCUUCCUCUGGAUCAAGUUCAUGGCCUUCCUGCUCUCGCUCUCUGAGAUCGACAAGGCCAGGGCGGUGGCUGAGAGAGCACUGAAGAGCAUCAGCUACAGGGAGGAGGGGGAGAAGCUCAACAUCUGGGUGGCGUACCUCAACCUCGAAAACAUGCACGGCAACCCACCCAAGGAGGCGGUGCUAGCACUGUUUCAGCGGGGCCUGGCGUACACGGACCCGAAGAAGCUGCACGUGGCGCUGCUGGGCGUGUUUGAGCGCAGCCAGCAGCACGACAUGGCGGACACGUUGCUGCACUCCAUGGCCAAGAAGUUCAGCACCUCCGCUAAGGUGUGGCUGCGCUACAUCCAGAACCAGCUCAGCCGCGGGCUGGAGGAAGGCGCGAGGAAACUGCUGGAGCGGGCGCUCACUGUGCUGCCGCAGAGAAAGCACAUCAAGGUGAUAUCCCAGGCAGCGCUGAUGGAGUAUCGCAUUGGCUCACAGGAGAGGGGCAGGACGCUGUUUGAGAGCAUUCUCAGGAACUUCCCCAAGCGCACUGACCUCUGGAUCACUUACAUCGACCAGGAGGUGCGGAUGGGGGAUAUGGCGGCAGUGAGGCGGCUGUUUGAGCGAGUCGUAUCACUGGAUCUCCCACCCAAGAAAAUGAAGUCACUGCUGAAGAAGUAUCUGGACUUUGAGACGGCGCAUGGCACGCAGGAGCACGUGGCGCAUGUGAAGGCGCGUGCCGUGGAGUAUGUGCAGCGCCGCAUGGGCGCAGGGGGGCAUGCUUGA